CAACAAACUUGCUGAAGCAGCAUUCAGUUUUGAGGAUAUCAACUCUCGCUUUGUUAUCUGAAGACUUCACAUACCCAGAUACCUGGAAUCAAAGACCUGCCGUCACAAUGGCAGCAGGGACACAGGUCAUUGCCAACUCUGGCCACGAUGACAUGAUUCACGAUGCGGUCCUCGACUACUACGGCCGGAGGUUAGCGACCUGUUCUUCUGAUCGCACCAUCAAAAUCUUCGAGAUAGAGGGCGAGACACAGCGGUUGACCGAGACACUCAAGGGGCACGACGGCGCGGUGUGGUGCGUCUCGUGGGCGCAUCCCAAGUACGGCAACAUCCUGGCGAGCGCAGGCUACGAUGGCAAGGUGCUGAUUUGGCGCGAGAUGAACGGCGCGUGGCAGCGCAUCUUUGACUUUGCGCUGCACAAGGCGAGCGUCAACGUGGUAUCGUGGUCGCCGCACGAGGCGGGCUGCCUGCUGGCGUGUGCGUCGUCGGACGGCAACGUCAGCGUGCUCGAGUUCAAGGACAACAGCUGGGAUCACACCAUCUUCCACGCGCACGGCCUGGGCGUCAACUCGGUCUCGUGGGCGCCCGCGACCAACCCGGGCAGCAUCGUCAGCAGCAAGCCGAGCCCCAAGUCGACGGGCAACCGGCGGUUCGUGACGGGCGGGUCAGACAACGCGCUCAAGAUCUGGGUCUUUGACCCGGCGACCAACGGGUACAAGCCGGAGCGGGAGCCGCUGACCGGCCACACGGACUGGGUGCGCGACGUGGCGUGGAGCCCGACGGUUUUGCAAAAGAGCUACAUCGCCAGCGCGUCUCAGGACCGAACCGUGCGCAUCUGGACCAGCGACCCGGCCAACCCGCUUCAGUGGAGCUGCAAGGUGCUCAACUUUGAGGCGGCCGUCUGGCGGGUCAGUUGGUCGCUGAGCGGGAACGUGCUAGCGGCUUCGGGGGCAGACAACAAGGUCACGCUGUGGAAGGAGAACCUCAAGGGCGAGUGGGAGUGCGUUAAGACGAUCGAGGAGUAGAUUACGAGCUGGGACGAGGGGCUUGGGCGUUACGGCUGGAGGGUAUUUAGAGCUAAUGCAGUUUGUGCAUCACUGGGCUGCCUUUUCUUGACCACGCGAUGCUAGGCUGGAUGCCUUUAUGCGUGGGGUGGCAAGGAGGUGACAAAAGAGGCUGGCGUUUUUCAUUCUUCAAGGAAGGAUUCUGGCUAACAAACUACGUAACUUUGAAUCAAGAUUCCAGUCCAAACUCAUCUGUUU